AGAUACAGUACUGUACUACAUUUCUUCUGUUCAGUUGUUCUUGGAGCUGUACAAAAAAAAACAACUAAAAUGUAAAGAAAUGGUUCUCCCACCUCUUCUUCAAUCACAUGCUGUGUGUUCAUGAUUUGGAUUCUCCUGCUUUCACCUCUACUCUCUGCGAGAAUAUUAUACACCACUCCAGGCAGCAUCCACGGACAUAGUAAUAUUGGAGCAGGUAGCAACGAGUAUAAGCACGGCGGAUCUGCUGUACCAUCAGGAACGCAAGAACUAAAUCAAACACCUACCACAAGUACCAAUAAUAAUGGUUAUGUCUCUUCUCAGACAAGUACUUCCAAUGAUAAUGAUUAUUCUUCUUCUACAAGUACUUCUGGUGACUGUACUGAGUAUACACGUUGCAACAGAUAUACCGGUGACUGUUCUGUGUAUACGAGUUGCACAAGUAGUUCAGAUGAAACAGGCGAUUAUCCAUGAAAGUUUAGUCAGUAAAACUGAAACAAAUAAAGUGGCUGUACUUACCCAAAAUAAAUUAAUAUAUAAAGUGGCUGCUUGUGGUGGGAAUAUUUGUGGUUUGUAAAAAAAUGUAUUGAGAUGUGAGAGCGUGUAUAUUAUGCAUGCUUUUGUUUUAUAUAUUUAGCUAAAUAAAGUGUCAUGUAUGCUACUAUGUUGUUAUUCAACUCAACAUGUAAUAAUGUGUCUAAUUUUUAACUUCUA